AGGUUGGCCAUGAACUCACAGAGAUCUGCCUGCCUCUGCCCCACUCCCCAGUGCUGGGAUUAAAGGCGUGCACCUCCACCUCCAGACUGAGACAGUGUUGUUAAAAUGUUGCCCAGGUGGGUCUCAAAUUCCUAGCCUCUAAUAUUCUGCCUAUCCCAGCGUCCUGAAUGCUGCGAUUAAUAAACGUGUCACCACAGUUGGCUUAUGAGGCUAUCCUUAUCGAAGCUGUCUUCUAACUUUUUCUCAUCUUUCAGAUUUCUUUUUUUUUUUUUUUGGCUUACGUUUUUUUGGUGCUAGAGAUGAACCACGGUCUCACACAGGUAGGCAAGCACUCGACCUCUGAGCUGUAUCUUCGUCCCCAGUCAUUUUCUUUAAUUGGGUUUUGUAUGUUCUUAUAAAUUUCUACAAUGAUUUUUUUUAACUAUUAUUAUUUAUUUUUGUGAGGUUGGGAGGCACACAUGAGCCUUGGGCACAUGAGGAAGUCACAGAGCAACUUUCGGGAGUCGGGUUUCUCCUUCUACCAGGUAUUGAAUUCAGAUUCUUACGCUUGGCGGCAAAUUCCUUUACCGGCUGAGCCAUUUUAGCUUUUUUGUUUUUGUUUUUUGUUUUUUGUUUUUUGUUUCCUGUUUUUUGAGAAGAAGGUCCUCACUAAAUAGACUUAGCUUGGAUGGAUGCAAUAGCCACGGACGGAAAAACUAAUUAGUACUCAAAAUGAUGUCAUCAUCAUUCCUAAUUUAACAACACAUGGCAUCUAGAGUUACAUUCUCUAUGAACAAGCGAAUGCAAGUAAAAUAUUGAAACUGUAGCAUUUUUUAGUCUUUUUGAAAAGUUCAAGGCGAGCCUCAGACCAAAAAAAUUGGGUAAGCUUCCUUUAAGGCGCGGCCCACAAGCCCCGCCCCCACCUGAGCAGCUCCGCCUCACCUAGGCAGUCCCUAGGUAAACCACAUUUCCCAGAGGCCCCUGCAAAGCGCCUGCGCCUGCGCAUUGGAACGGAAAGGGGGUUGCUGGUGUUCUCCUCGCGCGCUAGCUGUCCGCCUCGCCUCGCGCUCACCUCGCCUGGUUUCCGACCCCCGCCAUGGAAGAGGCUGAGACGGACGCCACGGAAAUCUGUCGCGCCUCCGAGGCCAAGCGAGCCUCUGCCAUGCCGCCGCCGCCUCCCAUCUCUCCGCCCUCCCUUACCCCGGCGCCCGCGGCCGGUGAGGAGGGCCCGGCGUCCCUGCCCGAGGCGGGCGCUCCCGGCUGCUCCCGCUCUCGGCCCCCGGAGCUGGAGCCCGAGCGCAGCCUGGGCCGUUUGAGGGGCCGCUUCGAGGACUACGACGAGGAGUUGGAGGAGGAUGAGGAGAUGGAGGAGGAAGAGGAGGAGGAGGAAGACAUGAGCCACUUCUCGCUGCGGCUGGAGUCGGGGCGGCCGGACUCCGAGGACGAGGAGGAGCGCCUGCUGAACCUUGCUGAACUGACCCCGUACAUCAUGUGUUCCAUUUGCAAAGGGUACUUAAUAGAUGCAACUACCAUUACAGAGUGUCUUCAUACCUUUUGUAAAAGCUGCAUUGUAAGACAUUUUUACUACGGCAACAGAUGCCCAAAAUGCAACAUAGUUGUCCACCAGACACAGCCUCUUUAUAAUAUAAGGUUGGACCGACAGUUACAAGACAUAGUGUACAAAUUGGUGAUCAAUCUAGAGGAAAGAGAAAAAAAGCAAAUGCAUGAUUUCUAUAAAGAAAGAGGUCUAGAAGUACCCAAACCUGCUUCUUUGUUUCUGUCUCAAUUAGCUGUUCCACAGCCAGUCCCUUCAAACAAAGGAAAAACCAAGAAAGUCCUAGAGUCAGUGUUUCGUAUUCCACCUGAACUUGAUAUGUCUUUAUUACUUGAGUUCAUUGGCGCUAAUGAAGAUACAGGACACUUUAAGCCAUUAGAAAAGAAGUUUGUGCGUGUUUCAGGAGAAGCAACUAUUGGGCAUGUAGAGAAAUUUCUUAGAAGAAAAAUGGGUCUUGAUCCAGCUUGUCAGAUAUCAUCUGCGGUGAUCACUUAUUGGAACGGUACCAAACUCUACGGGAAAUCCGGCGUGCAAUAGGUGAUACGGCAAUGCAGGAUGGUCUGCUUGUUCUUCAUUACGGUCUUGUGGUUUCUCCUUUGAAAAUAACAUGAAGAGGGUAUAUGAGGAAGAAAAUGCAAAAGGAUGCUUCUGCAGGUCUGCAUUACACCAAAGAUUCUCAGAAACAUGUAGCCACCACUACUUUGUGCUGUUAAGAGCUAGCUUCUGAUUUUCCACACCAGAACCCUAGCAUUAUGUGUACAACUUGAAAUAAUAGAAUGUAUUUACUACACUAGAGACUAUAUACAAAGCACUCAAAACUCAGGGGUAAAAACUGAAAACACUGAAUUUUAAAAUUCCUUGUGAUUCCAAAUACAAGGAAGUUGCUGGUUCCCAUCUUUGAGGUAGGUUGGUCAUUUGGCAGCUAGGAUUCUGCCCUCCAGGCUACAUGGGUUGGGCAGGUGUCCUUGCAGAACAGCUUUGCUUUGAAUUCAAAGCCAAUCUGCAGGGUGCACUCAGCACCAAAACUACUGUCCAUUUACACAGUCCUGUCCUAUUCUAAACAUUAAAAACAACAGUGAUCCUACUAAAGCAAUGUUAUCCAGCUCUGAGACAGUGGAGAGACUGUCUCCUGUUGGGUACGGCUCUUAACAUCCCUAAAUAUGAGGUGCUUCUCUGUGAUGUUUUAUUUGCAUAGAUCAGUGCUGCUGGGACAGGUGUCACAUGGGUUCCCUCAGUGUGGCUAUUGAUAAUGGCACUUGUCAUGGCACUGCUUCUGAAAGUAGCAAAAAAUUUCAGGUGAAUUACCAGAAGUUUACAGAAUCCUUAUUGUUUCAUCAGUCACUUACCUUAACUGGUUCUAUGUUUAAUGUUUGUUUUCUCAUCACUGGGAUAAAGAAUGAGAGUCUGAGAACCUUGCUUUCAUGAAGUAAGGUCAUGAAAUUUAUUUUAAACUUAAUGUUUAAAAUUAAUUUAAGCAUUAUUUUGCCUAAAAUUAGCAUCCUGAUGCUUUCUAGAAGAAAUAUUUUAUAGACUCUUAUUUCACAGCAAAAUUUCCAAAUCUGUUCAGAAACUUAUAAGAUUGAACUUACAUUGGCAGAUGUUUUGUAAAGAAUUUAUGAAAUUGUGCGUGAAUCUCUUCUGACAUUUAAUAAAAUUUAUUUUAUCCAA